ACCGCUCUGCGAGACAGACCGCGCCCGACGCCCACGCACCGCACGCACGACGCCGACGCACCGACGCAGGCGGUCUUCGAGGACGCUGCGAAUCUACAGUAACCUCAAAACAGUUGCUCCGCAAAAGAACCAAGCGACAGUUGGCACGACACCGAAGUUCUCGACGGACACGCAUUGUCGAGCUGCUGGUGUUGACCUCGUGCAGCGGCGAGCGAUAAGGAAGUUUGAGACUGGCGGAGUAGUGGCGGGACUGCAGAUGGUGUGAGUCGGUGGACGACCGUAAAGUGGAGGCCCUUCUUCCAGGUCAGCGUGUUCCCGAGUGAUGACGAGACUGCCAAUAUGACCACGUGCCCGCUUCCUCUUCUGACCGCCGGUCUCCUGGUUGCCGUGUACGCGGCGGCGACGGGCGCGCUGCAGCUGCGCCGGCUGAGCGUGCCGCAGUACAAGGUGCGCGGCGACAUGGCGCUGCUGCAGUGCCUGUACGACCUGGAGGACGACGCGCUCUACUCCGUCAAGUGGUACAAGGACGACGAGGAGUUCUACCGAUACGUGCCGCGCUCACACCCGCCGCAGCACAGCUACAAGAUCGACGGCGUCAAGGUCGACAACCAGCUGUCGGACGACAAGCAGGUGGUGCUGCGCAGCGUCAACCUCAAGUCGACGGGCGAGUACCGGUGUGAGGUGUCGGCCGAGGCGCCGUCGUUCGCGUCCGCACAGCAGGAGGCGCACAUGGAGGUCGUCUCUCUUCCUAAAGACGGGCCGCACAUCUUCGGAGAAGAACGUCUGUACCAAGUGGGUGACGAGAUCAGCCUCAACUGCACGUCGGGCAGAUCAUACCCAGCGUCCGUAAUCAAGUGGUUCAUCAACGAUAAAGAGGUGCCGGGGGACGACCCGCGACUGGAGGCGCACCCGCCGCAGCGCCACGCGCACGGUCUGGUGUCUUCGUCGCUUGGACUGCGGUUCGCGGUGUCGGGGGCGCACUUCGUGUCGGGCUCCAUGAAGCUGCGCUGCGUGGCGGAGGUGGCUCCGGUGCUGUGGCAGGGCGACAGCGAGAGCGUCGUGCAGAGGGUCACACCGCCCCCCAACACAGUGCGAGAGGCGCUCUUCCUCGUGAGAGGAACAUCGAAUCUCAACAGCGGCUCUGCAGUCAUCGUGGCGCUGAUGUCCUACUUCGUGGUGGCUGUAGGGACGUGAUUGGGCCAGUCAAGUAUCAGCGACGUGUUUUAGGACUAUUGAGGAAGAAAUGACGUUGAGUGACGAGAG